AUGGCCCAGCCAGCAGAGGCAGAGUUGUUGGAGCAGGGUGAAGAGGUUGGGUGUCUGGGCUCAGGCCAGGAUCUCAUUGUUGGUGACUCGAAAAUAAUAAAUAUGCAGAUUCUGUUUGAGAUGGUGCAGGCUGAUAACACUGAAGAAGUUGUAAUCCACCACAGAAAGAUGUCACAUAUCCACUUCAAGUUGGUUCUGCCUAUCGAUGUGGUGGUACUCGCGAAUCCAGAGGAGCCAUGGGGAAAGGUACAGGAUCAGUUUGUGGAAGCAGUUACUGCACAACUAUCUGCAAUGGACAACUGCAUUGAACGAUACACAAAUGGAAAGACUGUCCCAAUACCACAGGCAUUCCACUUUGAAUUGCCAGAGAAAACUACUCUUACCACAGUAAUAUACCCUGCUGGAAUCAGUGAUACAAACCUGGAACAGCAACGAAAAGAACUGCAAACUGAACUCGGCCUAGACAAUAAACCCUACUUUCGUCGUCCUAUGGUUUAUGUCUUUCCAAGUGCUGAGAGGGAAACCAAAUACUUGAAAAAUGUACAUAAGUAUAUUCCUGCUCUCAAUCCUGAUGAUUAUAAGGACAAUGAAAAAGACAAAAAAUGGGGUGCACUAUACCGUUGUUUGCAAGUUGUCAUCUCCUGGUUCAAAUUUCAGGGAUACAUUGAUAAACCUGUACCCACAGUUAAAGAAAUUCGGGAGAUGUUGAUAAAAAUGGAUGAAGAAUUUGUCCCUAUUGUGCUGGCAAAUGAGUGGCUUGCACCUGAUGAGAUGUUACCAUUUUUAGAGUUUUAUAAUAUUUCAUGCUCCAGCACUGAAGAACGGUUUGGUGGUGCUCAGGUUAAACCACCACCAGUUGGCUCUCUAUUAAGAGAGCAGUCCUCUGGGACUAUGGCUGUUAGCUGGCAAGGGAAAGAAUUCUGGACUGAAAUGGCGCAGUUUGGAUUAAUCAUGCCUAAGCGACCAGAGGGUGUUUAA